UAUGUCCUUACGCGCAGACGCCAGUGUGUACCCGGAAGUUGUAACAUCUCUAAUGUGGGAAAAGUUUUAAGAGGAUUUUAAUGAGUAGUUUUUAAUUUAUUUUUUACCACAACACAAAACCACGUAAAUAAUGUUUCUGGGACGCUGUAACAACGCGAUUAUUUCGGACCGUGUUCAAGGCACGAGUAAAAAUAUUUCUUAUUUGUUUGACUUUGACAGAAGACACAGGGCAGGUUUCCUCAGUGUUGUUACUCUCGGGGCAAAUCGCUGGCGAAUGCACCCUGCUUUUCGCAAAAUAUUCGCGUUAAGGCAUGAAAAGGGGAAAACGCUGUACACGGUUGCAUUUCAACCGCCAUUUAAUAAAAGUGGGACAGAUACUGGCUCGCUUUGGGCAGGUGUGCGGUGGUCGCUGGUCAGAGAGUUGAGCACCUCCAUUAAAGUGAUGCAGUAUGACUUGAUGAGAUCAGACCUUGCCAAAUCUGGCCACAGAAGGCUUCUCUUUGAUACACAUGCAAUGAUCCAACUCCUGGAAGAGAGUGGGUUCACAAUCCAGCAGGCUGAAGUUAUUGUUAAUGUAAUGCUCAAUACAACCAACUCCAACAUGGACAUCAUGUAUAGUGAUAUGGUCACCAAGACUCAGCAAGAGAUCAUGUUACAGAAGGUUAUGUCUCAGAUUGCAGCAGUGAAAAAAGACAUGAUCAUUUUGGAGAAAAGUGAAUUUUCCGCAUUACUGGCAGAGAACGAAAGAAUUAAAGUACAGCUUUCACAGGUGAAGAUGCAGCUCUCAGAUAUGAUGAAUAAAGUAUGCUUAGACAACAAGCUAGAUGUGAACUUGGAAAAAAGCCAGGUGAAAGAGAUGAAAGCAGAGCAUGAAAAGAUGAUCUUGGAGGCCAGAAACCACAUGAUGGAGAUGCUCGCUGAGCAGGACCGUCAUGUGACUCAGAACAAUGUGAAAAUCGACACAGAAGUGGCUGGCCUGAAAACCAUGCUGGAAUCUCACAAACUGGACAGUAUCAAAUAUCUAGCAGGGUCGGUGUUCACGUGUCUCACAGUAGUACUUGGAUUCUUUCGGAUAUGGAUGUGAAUGCAGAGAAAUCUCCAUUAAAAAAAAAAAGAAAAGAAA